GGUAAAGUCGGUAAACUGAUUUCUUUCAAGUGGCUGGUGCAGAUUUGGUGGUCUGAAUAAAACGUACCACUGUAACCUGACGUGUUUUUUUCCGUAAAUUAGGAAGCUCAUUGUGUUUGGGAGGAUUUAGCCCAUUUCGCUCCGGUAUCUGCCGUGCCAGCGAGGAGAAUCACUCUCGACGUGGACGUGGUCAGUUGGCGUGUCCCGACCUGGAGUGACGGCUUUGCAGUCCUAUGAUUCCUCCCAAACACUUUGUGCGCUGGCCCGUUUUCUGACAAACUAUAUCUCCAACUUUUACGUAUAUCGGGACCCGUUCACACCUCCGUUGGAAGUCGAAGACUUUCGGGCUUCAAGAUGUCUGUAGCGGGCUUGAAGAAGCAGUUUUAUAAAGCCAGUCAGAUGGUAAGUGAGAAAGUUGGAGGUGCAGAAGGAACGAAACUAGAUGAUGACUUCAGGGACUUGGAACGGAAAGUAGAUGUGACCAGUAAAGCUGUCGUGGAUGUGAUCUCCAAAACAUCGGAGUACCUGCAGCCCAACCCCGCUUCACGGGCCAAACUGUCCAUGUUGAACACCAUGUCUAAGAUCCGCGGUCAGGUUAAGAAUCCAGGAUAUCCUCAGGCUGAAGGGCUGCUGGGAGAGUGUAUGGCCAAGUACGGAAAGGACCUCGGAGAGGAAACUAACUUUGGGGGCGCUUUAGUAGAUGUAGGAGAGGCCAUGAAGAGAAUGGCAGAAGUCAAAGACUCUCUAGACAUCGACGUCAAACAAAAUUUUAUUGAUCCAUUGCAAGGACUCUGUGACAAGGACCUCAGAGAGAUACAGCACCAUCUAAAGAAACUGGAAGGCCGUCGCCUGGACUACGACUACAAGAAAAAGCGCCAGGGCAAGAUCCCAGAUGAAGAGGUUCGACAAGCCCUGGAGAAGUUUCAUGAGUCAAAGGAAGUGGCCGAGACCAGCAUGUACAACCUGCUGGAGACUGAUAUAGAGCAGGUGAGUCAGCUGUCGUCCCUGGUGGAGUCCCAGCUGCAGUACCACAGACAGGCCGUGCAGGUGCUGGAGGAGCUUUCAGACAAACUUCGAGACAGGAUGAAUGACGCUCAGUCUCGACCCAGACGUGAAUACACACCCAAACCUAAACCCAUCUUUGACUUCGGAGACAACAACCAUUCAAACGGCGGCUACUCAUCUUCGAUGGCUCCUCCACCCUCACGCAACUCAGCGCCGUCUUUUCACUUGGCCAGAUUGUCCUUUCGGAAACCAGGAUUGUCCCCGGAGCAGCCGAGCUGUAAGGCGCUGUACGACUUUGAGCCAGAGAACGAGGGAGAGCUGGGCUUCCGCGAGGGCGACAUCAUCACCCUGACCAAUCAGAUCGACGAGAACUGGUACGAAGGCAUGCUGAACGGCCAGUCAGGAUUCUUCCCUCUCAACUACGUCGAGGUCCUCGUUCCGUUGCCACACUAAUAUAGAGAGAUUAAAGGAGACUGAUGGAGAGGAGGAGGGGAGAGCAAGUAGAAUUAGUUGAGAGGGAGGAAAGCGAAGACAAGGGACACGGUCCACAGAGGUUUCAUUUUUGCCUUCGGCUCCAGCAUCAUGGUCCCAGAGGAGCUCUUUUUAUCACACGGAGCUCUGGAGACGAUGGUCACAUUUCGAAGUCCAGUCCAGACCAUGAACCGGUUUCACUCAAAGGUAAAAGGAUCUAGACUAAGACGGAGAGAAAAAAAUGCUAUCUGAGAGUAAGAAACAUUUCUUGAGGACUAACUGAUAAAACAUUUUAAAGCAAUACUGUUUUUAACCAGAAAUUAAUAAUAUAGAAAAAGAAUUUGUAUUAGAUGUGGUCAUCAGAGUGACUAGAGUGACACUUUUCAUAUCAUGCUCUAUGUAAAGCUCAGGUUGGUCACUGAGUUAACAGUCAGGUUUCAGACUGACGAGGCCUCCUCAAACCUCAGCAAAUGUCAUGUGUGGCUUGGCUGAAUAUUGUCCUCAUUUCAAAAUUGGAAGCUUUGUUGGUGCCUCUUCAGGGCUGGAGGUCGUAUCUUGGUGCCACCUGCUGGCAAGACUGAGAAUGACUUCCACCUGAAGGAGAGUGGACACACAUUCAACUAAAACUAAGUGUGUUUGCAUUUGCAUUUUCAUUAAGAAUUGUGAAACAAAAUUUGAUUUGAAAAAUUCGGAUUUUUGAUUUAGACCUUUUUCAAGUUUAGACCUAUUUUAAUUAUUUUUUUUCAUAUAUGUUAAGCUGUCCAUUGAUGAUAUCUUCAACAUAGUGGUUCCCCGUUGUUUCAACAGUUCAUUUAAUUCACCGUCAGCCUACUACAGUAGUUUUUACGAGUUGAACUGGUAACAACUUAACACGUGAAGAAAUGUUACCAUUGCACCUUGGUCCUUAAAUGAGAUUGAUCUGUGUGUGACAGACUUGGUCCAUCAUUACACACAGACCCAAAGUUAAAUGCAGAGGUUGCACCUUUUUGACAGUUAAAGCAGGCGUAUGUUUGUUGCUUAGAUAUAUUUUUUUUGUGUGUGUGGUUGUCUGCAAGUCCAUUCAAUAGAGGAUUAAGAGCCAAAAAGACUUUAAAAGCAAUAGAAACAUAUCGUUUAGUGAUUGUGUAACACAGCCAUGUAUUCAUCUAGUUUUGGGCCCGUUCAGUGUCGUGUGUUAAGCCUUUUCCGUUCAGUCUGUCCUUGACCCCUUGUUUUUAGGCACCAGUUGACUUCACACAGUGCCGCUGUUGAGACGACGCUGCCGGCAGCUACUCCGUCUUUUAUGUUCAUCACUAAUUGUCCUGCUGUUACUGUUCGCCCUCAUGUGUGAGAGAAUGUGAAACUCGUAUGUGCUUGAAAACGUACCUUGUAAUUCUGCUCAUUCACAACGACUCGGAUUAGAUUGAUUUGUGAGCGUCUUGGGCUGAUGGAGGCAGAUGUUAUUUCUGUUUAAACAAGGCUGGCUCCUUGUUCUGGAUUUCCUCAACUACAAAUAGAUGAUAACACACACUGUGCACAGGAUGAGGGAAACACCUUGAAUUAAAAGGGAAACCAUCGAGGGGAUUUGUGAGCUGGUGUCCCUUUGGAUGAAUUUGGGGAACCUUCGUUACCAAACAUUUGGCUUCAGUCCAGCUGAUUUUGAAUUGUCUGUGGUAAAGAGAUGUUUUUGUGAAUGUCAGAUAUGUGCUCUUUAACUGUUUGUUCUACCCUUCUGCUUCAUUUCUCCUCUUGUCCCCGUGUCUGUCCAUCACUCCAUUGCUGCCAAACACUUAGUUUUCAUCUCAAAUGUUUACACCUUUGACCUUACUACAUCAACGUUUGUGUAAAGUUCAGGGCUAAGGGUGAUAGGAUGUGCUGUCUGGAUCACACUGUUAUAUAUGUAUAAAAACGUAAUUGCUAUCUUUGUUCUAGUGCCUUUGUAAAAGGCUGAUACAGCAACCAAAACCUAACCUAGCCACUAUAAACAUUGUCACAGAUGUCCUUUUUCUACCUUUCUGUUUCUCUCUGGCCAACGGCACUUUCCUAUGUAAAGACUGAAUGCAUGUGUGCAUAAUGCUGCACAUUGAUGACACUACAAGCUGUUUCCUGGACUUGUUAUUUUCAGAUUAAUGUGUGGUUUUAUCAACAGACCGCCAGUGGAAACUGUUUUUUUUUUAUGAAGAUUUAGAUCUGUAUUUGAAAAAAAGUGCCCACUGAUUUCUCUUCUUAAAGGGCUUAAAUGUAUUUGUUUAAUCUGUCUUAAAUGCUCUUUAAAACCCCAUUAAAUCCCUCUGGCUCUCUAUAGUAUUAUUUUUUUAUAUACAAGACCUUAAAACAUUGAAAUUAAUCUUUGCAUGUAGUCCUAUUAUUGCAUCCUGUACGUGUAUACCUUUAGAUUUAAGUUGCCUUUUUACUUGUGGUAUGAAUCCCGAAUUUAACCAUAAUAUUUUGUCUUUUAUUAUCACAGUAUUUGUACGUGCUUCUGUCUUGUCCCCAACUCCUCCCAUUCUUACAAUAAAUAAAAAGAAAGCAUGUGUU